AGCUCUUUGGGCUCCAGCAUUCCGUUGCGCGGCUCCACAUUGUUCCACCGCCCUCGCCAUGAAGUUGCUUGAGUGCUCGCGGCAUCAGCCCUGGAGUGGGUCAAAGGGCGAACAGGUUUGCACCGUGGGUGGGGCCUUGUCGGUCCUGAGCUGGAAUGUUUUGGCGCCAAGCACCGCCGAGGGCACUGAAAUUUUCCGGAGGGAGCGCCUUCCUGCGCUGCUGGAAGUCUUGGAUCUGUAUACAAGCUGCGAUAUCAUUUGCCUACAAGAAGUGGAAAUAGGUGCAUUUCUGCAGCCGGUGCGCGACUUCUUGGAGGAGCGAGGCUUCGAGACCGCGGUGCAGGAGAGAGAAGGCCAUACCUUUGUGAAUGUCACGUUCUUCCAUCACUCCUUGCGGUUGAGCUGGAGCAUGUCCCGAUCGCGGAUCUUCCUCACGGGUUUCUUGAUGGCCUCGGGUCACGAGGUCUGUGUUGUAAACGUGCACUUGGACUCGAAAAAGGAGGAUCAGCGAGCUUCGCAGCUCAGCAAGUCUCUGCAAAAGAUGAGCCAGAAAAGAUCGACCUUUCAAGUCGUCUGUGGCGACUUCAACACAGACCUCAGUCAAGACAUUCCGCUCACGGAGAUGUUGGCAGAAUAUGGCCUGUCUCGUGCUCCGAUGAGAGGCCUGACUCACACGUUGGGGGGGGCAUUGGAUCACCUCUGCAGCACCCGCGGCCUAGCCCCCCGGCGCGUCUUGUGCGCCGCCUCUCGCAGCAUCAUCGGUGUGCGCGCUACCGGGAAGGGAUGCCCUUCUGAUCACCUGCCAGUCGCUUGCGAGUUUGAGAUCUUGGAACCUCUUUGGCAAUGUCCAAGAAUGACCUCAGCUGCUGUCCCAGCAGAUGUAGCGGCUGAAUGGGCGGAGCUUCUGGAACUUGGAACGCGCACGAGCCACGUGGCGCCACGAGACCGUCUUCCCGUUCGGAUCCGCCGCGGUCGGAGUCUGGGGGUCUGCCCAAGGUAACAAGCGCGAAGUCAAGAAGCAGCGACAGGAUGAGGAGUGUGCGAAGGGUUUCGGCUUCCGUCUGACCACUGAAACCGCGCGUCAUCACCAAGUUGGUUCGAAGCUCCAAAAACAAAGUGGGACGUGGACAGAGAUGGGAUGCUACAGCGGCUGAGACGAGAAUGGUGGCAGCGGAACCCUGGGUUUUGGGUUUGAUUGAUACUUGCAAGUUCCAGGAGACCUUCCUCCAGUCGUGCCACUCGGAGGAGGAGCUGCGGCGCUGGCGGGACGAGCGGAAGAGGUGCGCAGAGAGGAUCUGGUGGCACGCGGUGGAUGUGGCUCUGGUGAAGGUGAGAGCUGAGGUUACAUAAGAUCCGUGGCAUGAAUUGCUGGAGAUUGUUUCUGGAUGAGUCGAAGUCAAAGAAGCUGAAACUUCUUAUAUGUGUCAAUCCUCAAUGCUUUGUCUCAUAUAUGUUCUCUCAUCCGCUCCACUUUAGAGCUUCAGUGGGUUUCAGAGCAACCUUGAGGUUGCUCCGACCCCCCUUGUGGAGCUCAACAAAUUUUGCCGGCCAAUGCUGGGCCCAUUCUCAGCCAACGAGUGUACAGUGUACAGCUAGGGCUAGUGCAGGCCUGACAAAACUGUGCGCAGUUGGGGUUCAAUGUCCUGGCCCCUGGCAGUUGUUUUGUUUCCAUUCGUUUCGUUCGUUAA